UCUUUCUACUAGUGGUGGUGUACGUGUGGAAUGCGAAACUGAUGUAGGUUGUUCCAUAGAAAUAUAAUAAAGGGUUGCUCUGCGCACUAUCUGACGGAAACAACCUAUGACGUAGCAACCAGCCUUGGUUCGUGGCUUGAUAAAUAAAUUGCACAUGAAAGCAAACAAGGGAGCUACAUCAAAGGAUUUAAACGGAGAGAUAUCACUGGAGACCCAGCAACACAAGAAUGUUUACUGUGGAGGAGCGAGAGAAGGCCACCCUCGGGCAGUGUGUGCAGGCCCGCUGUCAGCUGGAGGAGGCCAUCGGCGGGGUGACGAGGGCUGAGGUCCAGCUCAAGGAUAACUCCAGAGAGGUGAAGUCCCAGCUUCAGACCUGUAUCAGCAGACACCUGGAGUCUAUGCGUUCCCGUGAGGUGUGGCUGCUGGAGCAGAUUGACCUUGUGCAGCAGCUAAAGGGAGAGGCUCUGCAGGCACAGCUACAUCAGCUUCACUCGCUCCGGGGCCAGUUUGACAUUCUCAUCCAUCAGCUGGGAAACUUCAACAGCAACGACCUGGCCAACCAGCUCACCGGCUGCAUGGAAAAGUUAUCUUCUCUGAACCUGACUCCUGAGGAAACCCCUGAGAUGAGCUUCCAGGCUGACACUCGUUCCCUGCGCCAGGCCAUCACCUCCUUUGGCACCAUUGCCACCCAGCACGUGGAAGGAGGCCCUGUGCUGAAUAUCGCCUCUCAAGGCUCAAAUGCCAGCGAGCGACACUGGCUUCAGCAGGGUUGUCCAAUCGCAGCUAAGAAACAGAGGGUGGAGUCUGCACCUCUUGCCGACUGGCUCCUUGGAAACCGUCCAGAGACUACCGCCCCAGUUGGAUACCACUUGAGCAAGAACCCACAGGAUUGGUUGAUCACCCGCAGGGAUGUUCAGUCAACUUGCCCCAUGGCCCCCUUUGACUUCCUUAAGGCCUGGGGCCAGCUGAAUGAUCUGGAGAUGUGGCUACAAAAGACUCCCAUCAGAGAGAGAACCAGCUGUAGCACCAGCAGCAGCUCAACCUUCUCCAUCGAGAAAAUCGAUGAGUCUGAGUUAGACAUGGCUCUGGAGGAAGAGGUGGGCCAAGAGGAAGGGGAGGAAGAGCGGGCUAAGACGGAUGAACUGAGCGACUGGCUCAUCACCCCGGCAUCUGUUGCCAAGGAAACCACCAACAAGAGCUGCCAGGCAUCUGAACCUGACAGGUGGAAGCAGAUCUUCAAACCUUUCCAGGAGGUCUUCUCCUCCAGCGAGUGGCUGCUCAAAUCUGACUGCGGAUCGUGCUGUGCGACCCACACCAAGCCUGUGGCGAUUGAGAACCUGGGCAAUCUCUUGUGCCUGAAGACCCUCCAAGCCUCAGCAGCCAUCACCCCCGCCACCACCACACCCCAAACCCCCAACACACCCAGCUCUGUGGAGAUCUGGCUGCAGCAGGCUAUUCCAGUACAGCAGUCGUGCAAAGCCAACGAGUCCUGCUCCAGCUACUCUCAGUGUGUGUGUGACAAGAACUGCGGCAAAGAAGCCCUCUGCGCCUGGCUCCUCAAGAAGGAGGGUCGGGACAAGAACGGGGUCUCUGUGGACAAGAACAACCCCAGCAAGCAGUCCAUCCUCGAAUAUCAAGAGCAAGAACAGAAUGUUCAGGCCAUCCUGGAGGCCUGGCUCUACCCUAGCGAGCCUCGCAAGACCAUGGGCUCCACAUCCCCAGUCAUGUCAUCCCUCUCAGCCUGGUUGUCUCCACCAGCCUCCCAGGGUGAAAAGGCCAGCAUGGAGGAACACAGCUCCCAGUUCAAUGGCCCCAAGUCAGAAAGUCCUUUAAGCAAACCACUGCAGCCAGAGUGCUGGGUUUUACCUGAGAACACACACAGUAGCACCGCUGCCACACCAAGUCAGGAGACAACAAAGGAGCAACCCAUCAUAGAACCAGAGGAAGACAAGUGGCUUCUACGCAAGAGGGCCAAUGCUCAGGAGCGACUUGCCCCUCCCACAGUAUGUGAUCUAUUUUCCUCUAUGAAAAUCGGUGGAGACAAAGAGAAGUGGCUACACAGGGUCCCUAUACAGAUGUGACAAGUAUAUCCAGUAGUUUUUUGAGGAGCCACUUCAAUGCUGAUCCUCGCACACAAUGUCUUGAUUCGCCAUUUCCUCCAAUUCUCUUCUGGGACUGGGCUUUUUUUCUUUUCCUUUCCUUUGUUGUCAUGGAAAUAUGCCUCCCGCCGCCAGUCUGAAGUAGACUGGGGUUACUGGAGCUACUAUCAUUAUCUGAUUGUUCUGAGCAUUUAGGUCUGAUGGAAUUCUGUGAAUUUGCCUUCUAUAGUCACAGUAGAGUUGUCAAUACCUUGUCAAGCUAGCAAGAUUAGCCUUGGGCUCUAAAGCGAAUCCGCAAUGUGACUGAGAAUCACUAGUCCCGAAAGGACCAGCUCACAUGAAUAUGUAACAUUAUUUUCCUUUAGUUUGGGGGUGAUGUGAGGCAGGAGGUUUGGGUGUGACAGAAAUAAGAGAUUUGAAUCAACCAUAUUUUAGGAACACUUGUUUUUAUUGAAUGCGGUGAAGGGUUCUCUAAUGUAUGUCACUAAUAUGAAUGGCUGGUCUUUGUAGUGACUAUUUUUGUAGUGACUUUGUAGUGGCCAUUCUCUUCAUUGUUAUGUCUUCUUCUGAUCUUACAAGCUAAACCUAAAGGCAUUGCCAAAUACAUCUACCCUUAUUGCACUACCAUAACUCUAUAGUUCUGGUUUAUGUGCCUAAAGUUUGCUUCAUUGUAUUUAGCGGAUACAUUGUGAAAACAGGGUCGGCUUGCCUCCUAUAUAUCACCUGUGUGUUGAGAUUUUCACUGCUGUGCAAGUGUUUUCAUGUUACAAAAGAUGCAAGCUGAAAACGUGCCCAAUAUCGAGUUUCCAUUGAUAUGACUUUCGAUUGGCUGAAUCCAAUGAAGAAAACAUCUACCGCGUAAUCAUUUUAGUACCUAUCAAAAUAACAUGUAUUGAUGGCCUUUUGAUGUGUAUGUCUUUCUGCAUAAUACCUCUUUAGCUGUCUCUCCAUAGUGCUUAGAACAAAGAUUCUUCAAAAUGUGUACAUGGCUCUCUGCGAAGGAGAGUUGGAGAGGAGAAACACCAUAGACGGACGGGUUGGUUGUUUAGCAACAAAACCGACGGGUGCGCAACUAUGGGGCAAAACAGACGGGGUUGGUUUAGAUUGUAUUUAGUCUCAAUGUUUAUUGAAAACCAAAUACAUUUGCACAAUGAGCACAUCUCUCAAAUACAUAGUUACAUUUGUUGGUUAGCUAGCGAAUUUGAGCCAUAUUCGCUUUGACAUGAAAUCAGUCAAAACACCUCAAAACAAUAAAUGGUAUAAAUAAGAUACGAGCCACCUACGAUUCCCCACAUGGCAGCUUUGUCAUUGUUGCUAGCUAUCUGACCAGUCAUAAUGUGCGGCUUCCGGACACAUCGAUGCGCACAUCAGUUUCUUGACGUCAGCCAACCCGUCUAUGGUGCUCGAUGAAUGGUUCUAGUGUUUGAUACUAGGACUUGGCUUUUCAGUUCAUCUGGUGUGCCUGUGCAAAUGCUAUGAUCACGUGUGUUCUGCUCUCUGGAGUCAUGCCUGUACCAUAUUUAACUCUUAAUAAAAACAAGUAAACCUUGA